CUUUAUUUCUCCUCCCUCUGGAGAUUUCAUAAGCUGAGCCUCUCCCUUCCUCAUACCGUCCUCUUUUGGUAAACAAAACCAGCUGUGCUAUUUCCUAUUAAGUAAGCCACUGCUCAGCUGCAGAUUGCAAUGCUGUCUUUGUCUUAGCCGUCAAAGCGAGUGAGAAAAAGAACAUGAAAGCUGGAGAAAAAAUCACUCUGCUGACCGGAUUCACUGAGCUACACGGUGAAUAUUCUGUUUUGUUGUAUUUGAAGAAUGGCAUCCAAAAAGACAACCUCAUCAAAUGUGAUGGAGAAAAUGUGGAGUGUGAGCUCUCUAAGACGUUUGAAGGAAAACUGGACGGAGAAUCUGGCUCUUUGACAUUUGGGCCGCUAAACGUGAAGGACAGCGGCGUUUACGUGAUAGAAACCACUAAUGGAGACAGCGACGUUCUUGAAAAAUACUAUGAAGUCACUGUGUCUGAUGAUCCAAACCCAGUGACUGCAAAGCGCCCAGAAAACAGUAAUGAUCCCAACAACCCGAGGAGCCAAAUAGGCCUAUGUGUUGCUUUACCAAUUGUCUGUGCUAUCGGCUUACUGCUGGGAACUUCCUUCCUGAUAUUCAAGAAAAAGACACAGACGGAAAAGAAAGGAAACACUCAGGAUGAGAUGCUCUGACAGAAGUCCUUGACCUUCCGCUUCAAGACAUUCAACCUUAAGGAGAAAGAGACGAGAGAAGAUCCAGGAUGAAUUUGACCAAAAAGAUAAAUCUGUCAUCAAACUAUUGCAGAGGAAACACACUGUAACUGCAUUUCGCACAUGUUGUUUUGUGCCUUAAAGGAAAUCAUCAGGUUUAAUCAGGAUAUCCUCUAUAGGGAUCCUGCUGUCUGCUCUUUGUUCGAAGCUCUGUAUUAUUUUCCCCUCUCAGAAAGAAAAAGGGAAACCGAGUAACUCAGCAGUGUUGGGCCAUGCAGGCUUAAGACAGGCAAACAAUGGACUUGGGCCUGCAUCUCUGUGAGAAGCCUCAUGUGAGUUAUUCACUGAGACCUAAAAGGACUCUUAAUCCCAGAAUCCCCUGCAAUACUUCACACCUACGUGUGAGGUAAGGGGGGACCGGAACCUCUCUGUUCUCAUGGGAGGGGCCCUGAGGUAGACCCCACAGGAAACAGGCCAGGCUACAAAACUCCAAGCCUUCCAUUGCUCUCUCUCUUUCCACGCGCUGACUUCAAGUGUUCGGAGACACAAGCUCACCUCCUGUUUCCUGCAACAAUCUUCCUUUGUUUUAAGUUUUGUCGCGCAGGUAAUCCGCGGCCGGCAGUGUUCUAAAUUCCGAGCUCGGAUUGUCCAGUGAACGCAUCUCAGUUUCUCGGAGAGCAUUAGACUAUAACAGAUUAUCAGAAAGAUAACGUUAUAAUGAUAACGAAAGGACAUCAACGGACACCUUUCCACUCGACGGAGAACCAUCGAAGCCGCUCUUGCCAAAAGGGACGCAUCAAUAAACGGCUCUGCACCUGGACGGACAGAAGAUCUGUUCAAUCGCCGGACUCCUUUUUCCCUUUCACCAAUCACGGGCAAAGCGAUUCACAAGUGAGGCUUAAUUAGGUCUGGGCAGAAUUAGCUUUAGAGAGUGUUUUUAACAAUUGAUUGAUUUGAUGCGAAAACUGUAAUUUUUCUCUUUGUUGGACCGCCACGUCCUGAGUUUUACCGAUUUAAAACUCUUGUUGUUCCCGUUUCAGACCGCUGCGUCCUAUAUGUGUUUAGCGUAACAGCGUUAUAACCGGGUAUUAUUCUUCUGAUCAGAAAGGCCAGUGUAAGCUGUAUUAACUUGAAUUCGGCCAUUGGUUUGUUUCUGUGAAUGAAGGGAAUUACUCCAAGUUGUGGCGCGGGAGUCGGACUGUGAUCCGGCCUCUUCAGGCACGCAUUUCUCUCCUCCUUUUCUCCUCCUCUAACUAACACACACACACACACACACACACACACACACACACACACACACACACACACACACACACACACACACACACACACACACACACACACACACACACCUCAAUUUUUACUCCUCUUCCACAAGUCUUGCUUGAUAAUGUUUGUUGCUUAGAUUAGU